CAGGGGAGCAGACCGAACGAAACCCCCAAAAGCCAAAAGACGGAACUAUUUUUUAGCUUUAAUUCAAGUAAUUGAGAUGGGGGACAAUCUGAUGGACAAAGUCAGCGCCUUUGGUGAGAGGUUGAAGAUCAGCGGGGCAGAGGUGGGUCGGAAGAUGUCAAGUGGAAUGAGCUCAAUGAGCUUCAAGAUGAAAGAAUUAUUCCAAGGCCAGAGCCAAGAAGAUAAACUUGUCGGAGAGGCCACUGCAGAGACUUUAGAUGCACCCAACUGGUCUACCAACCUUGAGAUUUGUGACCUGCUCAAUUCGGAAAAGAUUAACAGUGUUGAAUUCAUCCGGGCAAUUAAGAGCCGAAUUAUGUUGAAGGACUCUCAGGUCCAAUAUCUUGCUCUGGUCCUUCUUGAGACUUGUGUGAAGAAUUGCGAGAAGGCCUUUGCAGAGGUUGCUUCCGAGAGGGUCCUCGAUGAGAUGGUUAAACUGAUUGAUGAUCCCCAGACUGUAGUGAAUAAUCGGAAUAAGGCUCUUGUUCUUAUUGAAGCAUGGGGAGAGUCCGGAAAUGAACUUCGAUAUCUGCCGGUUUAUGAAGAAACCUACAAGAGUUUGAAGUCUAGAGGUGUUCGAUUUCCCGGACGGGAUGAUGAGAGUUUAGCUCCAAUCUUCACACCACCCAGGUCUGUUUCUGAGGUAGAGGCAAAUUUUGAUGGUUCUCAGUUCCUGCAAGGUCCUUCUGAUGUUAUGCUGGAUAGUUUCUCUGCUGAAAAUAUCAAGGAAGCAUUUGAUGUGGCACGGAAUAGCAUCGAGCUUCUCUCAACAGUCUUGUCGUCAUCUCCACAGCAGGAAGCAUCACAGGAUGACUUGACAACAACGCUUGUCCAACAAUGCCACCAAAGUCAGCUCACAAUACAAAGAAUUAUACAGGCAGCUGGUGACGAUGAGGCUGUGCUCUUCGAAGCCUUGAAUGUAAAUGACGAGCUCCAAAAGGCCCUAUCAAAGUAUGAACAGUUCAAGAAGCCUCCUGUUGUGCAGUCUGAACCAGAGCCUGCGAUGAUACCUGUUGCUGUUGAGCCUGAGGACUCUCCAAGGAUCAGCAGAGAAGAAGCCCUUGUCAGAAAGCCGGCAGGAUCUCGAGCUAAGUCUGGGGGAGACGAUGACAUGAUGAAUGAUCUUGAUGAAAUGAUAUUCGGUAAUAAGCAAGGAAAUACAUCAAAUGACCGGCAGCAAAAUAAGCAAGAUGAUAAAAAUGAUUUGCUCACAUUUUAAUGGUGUAAUCAAUCAUACAGUACCAGAUUCAACAUGAAGGUAGAUUACAUCUUUUUCUCUUUCCUUGUUAUGUGUUCUUGACAUUUAAAGAUAUAACCUGGGCAAGAGUUUCUAGAGAAUUUAUGCAUGUUUAA